GCUCAAAGUCAGUCUACACGGAGAGCUCGACUCGUUCGGCGGCUGUUCGUUAGGUCAGCUGGCAGUGAUCAUCAUCGAUCCUUCUAAGCAAGCAGCUGUCAAAACGAGUGACAACGUAAUACAAUUAUUAUACCAGACGAUAAUAUCAUCCACACAUUUAUUUAUCUGUCUAGCUGGUUUUUAUUUCUAUCAAUCUUAUAGAAACAGGGAUUAGCUUUAGUGUGAUUUAUCAAGGUGAUAUAUAUGCAAUAUACAUAGACAUAUAUAUAGAUAUAUAUAUAGAUCGUAAAGACUGUUUGAUCGAUUCGAUCUUCGAUCGUUUUUAAUACAAAUCAAGGUUCAUUGAAGGAUUCAAAAAAAAAAAAAAAGAAAGAAAAAAAUAAAAAAGGAAAAAGACGAGGAAGUUUACGAUAACUCGUGAUGAGUUAUCGCAAAGUCUGAAGGCUCAAUACGUUUAACGCGAUCAAGUGAGAUCAGAGUUUAAGAAUGACAGUACUAAGGAUGACCUCGCCGGUGACGCCUCCAUCGACCAGUCCAGGAUCGGCCGACGAGGCACAAGCACCGCAACCCAGUGCCAGGCCAGCUCAUCGAUUGAGUUUUUCCGUGGCCGCAUUGUUGGCGGACACUAAAAAAUCACCGGAAUCUUCUAGGAGGGAAGACACUUCAAAGAUUAAUUUGGAAUCUUCGCCGAUCUCAUCUUAUUCAUCGGUAGAUCAAGAUCUCCUUACGACGGUAACUUCAAAUCAUACAUCAUCGAAAUAUCCUAGUGAUCUUCGAACGAACAGAUAUAAUCUAACAGCGUCACCCGAUUCAGAUGCGAAAACACAACGAUAUACCUGUGAUUCGCCACGAAUUACAACAGAAAUUAGAACGCCACCGUCGAGAUAUACAGAAAUAGAAUUAGGAUUAGAAUCACCUACCGAAAGAUGCACGUCUUAUGGGACAAUCGAUUAUAGGAUCAGAACUAACAGCGAUUCAGCUACUUCUUCGGAUACCGUGCUACUCAAAUGUUCAAUACCAUCGCCUAAAAUAACGAACAAUUCUCAAAGAGAUUAUGGUUCUCAGUCACCGAGAAGUAGCUCUCAAGAGGAAGGAAGAUCUAGGUGUUCCGAGAUCGAAGAUAUCGAAGAUGACGAUGAAAAUAGUCUUGUAGAUGUUGAAGAUCUUCAACAACAUGCAUCCAGUCCUACACCCGUUAGACCGACUCCUGCUUACGUAGGUGGUUUUUCAACAUUAGGAAGCAUUCCUGGUAUUCCACCUGGUCUUCAUCCUGCCGUUUGGGGUCCUGGUCAUCAAGCUGCUGCUGCUGCUGCUGCUGCCGCUGCUGCUACAGCAUCAUUUUUUCCUUCCCAUUUCGGUCAUCAUGCUCCUCUCAACGAAAAUGGAGAACCCGCAAAGAUCAAAUGCAACCUCAGGAAACACAAGCCCAACCGGAAACCGAGGACACCGUUCACGACGCAACAGUUGCUAGCCCUGGAGAAGAAGUUUCGUGAGAGGCAGUAUCUCAGUGUUGCCGAACGAGCCGAGUUCUCGUCUUCGUUGCAUCUAACAGAAACUCAGGUGAAAAUCUGGUUUCAAAAUAGACGAGCAAAAGCGAAACGUUUGCAAGAAGCGGAAAUCGAGAAGUUGCGAAUGUCUGCUGUGAGACAGCAUCACUCGGCUCUUUAUGGUUCGCAUCCGGGACUUCUCACACCGGCCGGACUCUAUCCCAUGGGAAUGCUAUCUCAUCCUGGGUUGACGCCUCAUCAUCCGAUAUCUCAACAUCCUUCGAGAGAAUGAAACUAACGUCCUAGAAUCUACGAUUCCAAACUUGUCCUUCUUAUCUAACAAGAGGAAUGACAUUAAACGGGUAUUCUGCACCCUUUGGAUUUUCCUUCGAGAGAAAACAAAAUAAACAGCCAUUGGGAUCGUUUUCGAUUAUUUUUCCUAUAAGGAAAAAAAAACUCGAAGAGAAGAUUUUAAUUUCUAACGAUACAAAAAAAAAAUAUAUCUAUCGAAGAUGAGUGAAUUAUUUUCUUUUUUGUUGCGUUAAAAAUGACAAAGUGAAAUUAAUUGGAAUAUCGACGAUUCGCAGUUGUGCCAAUUGUUCCUUUUUUAAAAUAACAAGGAAUGACUAUAAUGAUUAAUAAUAAAUACUGUAAAUAAAUUGUAAAUAAUUUGACAAAAGGAAUGUGACAAGAAUUUGUAAAUAAAAGAUACGAGUAAUGUGAGUGAGAAAAAAACAAUCAAUGCGAAUCGAUUCGAGUUGUCGGAGAAUUGAAAAUGAACAAUCGCGAUUUCGCGACUGAUCCCAACUCAACGCGAUUUUUGUGUUUCUUGUUUUCCAAUUUUGUACAAAUGUAGAUAUAAGUGACGCGGGGAAAAGAGUAGAGAAGAGUUAUUUAAUAAAUCCUAAUAUCUAAAAAAAAAACAAGAAAAAACCUAAUUGUUUUUUAAUAAAACACACUCAAACGUAUUCCAUAUGAUAUUCGUAUAUCCAAUCAAAAAUAAAAGACAAAAAUCAUUAAAACAAACUCCCAAAUAUUCAAACACCAUAAAGAACACCAACAAAUUCCAAUUCUCAACAGUAUCAUAAAACAAAACAAAAAAAAAGAAAAAGAACUCAACACAAGCAUAAGAAUCCCAAAAAUGUGUCCCAUCUUAGGUGUUCCUCGGUUAACCGAUCAUCUUGACGAGUUUCUAAAAAUUUAAAAAAAAAACAAAAAAAAACCAGAAAAAAAUGAUAGACCCAUCUAAACAAAAUUCAUUGCACAGAUAAGAUACUUUAAAUAACCAGGUGUUCCUCAAUUAACUUACCGAUCUGACGAGUCUCUAAAAAUUUCCCCAAAAAAAGAAAAAAAAAAAGAAAAAUGAUAAACCCAUCUUAAAAAGCUCAUGGCAGAUAAGAGAUCAGUAAAAGGACCAGGACUAUUGGGUUGAAUACAAACUU